AGCGCGUCCGCAUGUUUUAACGCAUUUCACUUAAUAUUCUCCGCAUUUUUGGCUUCCUUCUUCGUUUUUCCUAUAUUUUCGUUCGAUUCAUUGAAUGCGUUCGCAGAAAAGUGUUCAAAGAGCACUCUCAACUGUAUUUAAAUGUGUGCGUGAAUUGUGAGCAAAAAUCUCAUUGAAUUUUGUAUGUUGUUUUACGAAAACGAGCGACGGAUAAAGAGUGCAAAACGAACAGAUUGCGAGAGAAGAGCAUAUUAUUCUGUGAAAUUAGCACGAGCCAACGCUGUUUUGUGAUAACUUUUUGAACGGAAAGAGAGCAAAAGAUUAUAUAGCAUUUGCAAUCAAUAUAGGAGAAUAUCAGCAACGAGAGAGAGCGCACCACAUCAAUGGGAUUUUUACGAGUGUGUUUGUGAUAGCUUCACACAAAUAUAUAGAGAGAGAGAGUGAAAGGAGGAAAGCAAUAUAAAAAAAGGAACAAUUGUGUAUAGCAUAUGCAGUGAGUGUGCGAGAAGAAAAAAAAGAAGUUGAAAAAAACAACAACAUAACUCAUCAUAUAGAAUCAUCUAACGGAGUACAGUGUGUGUACUACAGUUGCUGUUUUUUCGCCAAAACGUUCGUAGGUCAAAGAGGCACGGAGUCCAUGGUCCUUGUAGCAAAACGCAAAUUAUCAUCCUAGAUAUUUUGCAGGAGAAAAGACAGUGUGAAACAGUUUUUUUUUCGUUUUUGAAUUGCCAUACAUUUUUCGACCAGAAAUUAUCGAACAAUAUAACGUAAAAGAAGACGGAAUACAACAGAAAAGAUGGGUUUGUCCGGAUGCUGUUGCUUGGUCAAAUAUCUUUUGAUAUUGAUAAAUUUCGUAUUUUGGGCGGCUGGAAUUGCAGCGUUCGCUCUAUUUGGAUGGAUGCUCACUGAUACAACGCUGCUGUAUUCUCUUGCCAAUGGCAAAAAUGAUUUGUACAUCGGUUUACUGGUAUUUGUCGGUGUGGCCACGCUUGUUAUCGUUAUUGCCUUCUUGGGAUGUUGUGGCGCACUGAAAGAAUCGCAAUGCAUGUUGGUCUCGUUCUUCUGUUUUUUGCUGGUUGUGCUGGUGGCUGAAAUUGCUACCGGUGUCUAUGCCUAUCUCAAUCAAGAUCAACUGCUGAAGAUUGUACGUUCCAGUGUUAAACAAUCCAUUCAAAGUGAAUACGGCACCCAUGAUCUUCAAACACACGCUUUCGAUACAUUCCAAAAACAUCUUGAAUGUUGCGGUGCUGAAGGUCCAAAAGAUUGGCAAACUAGCAAAUAUAAUAACAACACCAACAAGGCAUUGAAUUUGGAUGUGUCAAGCCCGCCUGAAACGUUCAUAGUACCACCAACUUGCUGCAAAGCAAACAUUACGGAUAAGGUGUGCAAAGAGGCGAGAGUAAUCAAUAUUGGUGUAUCAAAAAUAGAUUCGCCGUCGAUCUAUCUCGAGGGUUGUUCUGGAAAAUUGGUACAAGAAGCGCAAAAUCAUUUGCUUAUCAUAUUGGCGAUAAUAGCUGGCAUUAUAAUGUUUGAAAUAUUUGCGUUGAUGAUAUCAUUAUGCCUGUGCUGCGCUGUAGGCGACAGAGAAGAUGACUACAAAUCUUAAAGUAGAUUGAGACCAACACCAGUUACCAACAACCGAGCAAAAUCAAUUGGAAAUCGUAACGUUGGAACUGUGUUACGAUUUCAUUCGUCGUCAAGGCAUCGAUCCACAUAUUUAAAUUCAAACCAUUAUUAAAUUGAGCAAAAUAAUGUGACCACUAACACACAUACACACAACAUACACAUUCAAUAUUUCGGUCUCCUUUCGUUCGUUUAAUUAAAAAAAAAAAAGCAAAAUCCUGUUUGUUUUUUUUUUUGUAUGAUUAUUUCAUUUGUUCAAGAAAAAAGAAGAAAAAUGAGCAUAAGUAGUCAUUUGAUGUAAGAAGAUUUAAUUUCAUUUAAAAAAAAAGAAUAAUAGAAAAGCAAAAAAAAAACACGAGACGAAACAAAAACUUUAAGACUUGCAACCGUCGCAUUUAUCGAAACCGAGAAAAUCCAAUUUCGACUUAAACAUGAGAAAUGAAAGAAAUCAGGAUAUUUUAAUUCAAAAAUAUGCAUGCAAAAUUGACGGUUCGAUUUUUAAAUGUUUUGUGCCAAAGAUAUUUACAUUUUAA